ACGCGCCUAUUGAUACAUAUGAUGAUCGACAUUACCAGUCUCCAACGGAUCAAUUUGGGCACGAUCCGGUUGCAGUGUCCGAUUUUUUGGGCCGGGUAAACUUAAACUCUACACAAAUCAGAGAGAUAGCGGGUCUUGGCAAUAUCGAUUAUUUAAAAUUCGAUGAGCAGGGAGUUACACCAGGUGCACUUCCUAGCCGAGGAGUAAUGGACGAUCUAUGUUAUGGAACUGGAACAACAUAUUUGACCGGUCUAACUUUUGGUGGUACAUGGGGUCUGAUUGAAGGAUUACGUGGACAUACACCUAAUUUCAAAUUACGAUUAAACACGGUGCUUAAUUCUGUCACUAGACGUGGUCCUUACAUUGGAAAUUCAUGUGGAAUCUUAGCAAUGGGUUAUAACAGUAUCAAUGGAAUAAUUAGCAACAUGAGGGGCAGACAUGAUGCUAUAAAUAACGUAGCAUCCGGUGCCUUAAUAGGCGCGAUUUUCAAGUCUACAGCCGGUAUAAAAGCUGCAGCGACUACAUCUGUAAUCUGCGCAGCAGCUGCCGGGACAUGGACUGUCGUAAAACAAUAUUUCUUUAGACAUUAA